AUGGACGCGUUGAAAUUGGAUGAGUUGGCAAUACUGCCACUCAUGGAGAAGGAAAAGCAUGUAAAUAUAUUUCCUGUACUACUUCAUCCAUCCCUCUUCAAAGACCUAAUAGAUGUGAUGAUGGACAGCAUCCGUACAAAUGCUGCUGGUGUCCAGCUGAUAAUGGGACUCGAGGCUCGUGGAUUUCUGUUUGGGCCAGUGGUUGCCCAGGCCCUUGGUGUAGGGUUUGUUCCUGUACGCAAGGCUGGGAAGCUACCCGGGGAGACAUUCAGCAUAACGUACAAACUUGAAUAUGGCCAGGAUACGUUUGAUAUAGCUAAGGAUUGUGUGAAGCCUGGAGAGAAGGUGGUGAUUAUAGAUGAUCUUUUAGCAACUGGAGGUACAAUGAAGGCAGCAUGUGAUUUAGUGAAUAUGGCUGGGGGAGAGGUCCUUCAGUGUCUGGUAAUCAUGGAGUUGAUGGAUUUGCAUGGACGGGACAAAGUACCAAAAUCUGUGACAUCACUCAUAAAAUACUGAUGAAUCAGGAUCUAUGAAAAAAAGGAAAAACAUCGUAAUGAACCAUGAGAUUUUUGUGUUUUACAAAUUUACAAAAAAGUCAUUGGUAUUUUCACAUUUUUAUUCCAUAUGAAAAAAAAUCCAACUUAGAUACAGAUAACAUCAAUUGCUGUUUCAUUAACUAGAUAUUUAUAGAACCACUCUAACCCUUGAAGGCAAACCUCAACCUGCAAAGAAACCUGAUCAAAUUGCUUAACUCUCAGCAUGCCUAGUGCUUACAACUUGAUGAUAUAUAUCCCAGGGUUGAGAUACCCUAUUUGUUGUCACAAAUGUAUUUAUCCUUGAUGUGAAAGGAGCAUCCGCCAUCACUAUCCUAGUGUGAGACAAGGAAAUUUCAAACCAGUAAAAGAUUGGAUGCAUCUAAAUCUCACACCAGUAAAAGAUUGAAUACAUCUAAAUCUCACACCAGUAUUAGAGUAGAUACACCUUGAUCUCACACCAGUAUAAGAGUAGAUACAUCCAAAUCUCACACCAGUAAAAGAUUGAAUACAUCUUAAUCUCACACCAGUAUAAGAGUAGAUACAUUUAAAUCUCACACCAGUAAAAGAUUGAAUACAUCUAAAUCUCACACCAGUAUAGGAGUAGAUACAUCUAAAUCUCACACCAGUAAAAGAUUGGAUGCAUCUAAAUCUCACACCAGUAAAAAAUUGGAUACAUCUAAGUCUCACACCAGUAUAAGAGUAGAUACAUCUAAAUCUCACACCAGUAAAAGAUUGAAUACAUCUAAAUCUCACACCAGUAUAAGAGUAGAAACAUCUAAAUCUCACACCAGUAUAAGAGUCGAUACAUCUAAAUCUCACACCAGUAUUAGAGUAGAUACAUAUAAAUCUCACUCCAGUAAAAGAUUGGAUACAUCUAAGUCUCACACCAGUAUAAGAGUAGAUACACCUCAAUCUCACACUAGCAAAAGAGUAGAUACAUCUAAAUUUUAAACCAGUAAAAUAUAAGAUACAUCUAAAUCUCACACCAGUAUAAGAGUAGAAACAUCUAAAUCUCACACCAGUAAAAGAUUGGAUACAUCAAAAUCUCACACCAGUAUAAGAUUAGAUACAUCCAAAUCUCACACCGGUAUUAGAGUAGAUACACCUUAAUCUCACACAAGUAAAAGAUUGAAUACAUCUAAAUCUCACACCAGUAUAAGAGUAGAUACAUCCAAAUCUCACACCGGUAUAAGAGUAGAUACAUCCAAAUCUCACACCGGUAUAAGAGUAGAUACAUCUAAAUCUCACACCAGUAAAAGAUUGAAUACAUCUAAAUCUCACACCAGUAUAAGAGUAGAUACAUCUAAAUCUCACACCAGUAUAAGAGUAGAUACAUCUAAGUCUCACACCAGUAUAAGAGUAGAUACACCUAAAUCUCACACCAGUAAAAGAUUGAAUACAUCUAAAUCUCACACCAGUAUCAGAGUAGAUACAUCUAAAUCUCACACCAGUAUAAGAUUAGAUACAUCCAAGUCUCACACCAGUAUUAGAGUAGAUACAUCAAAAUCUCACACCAGUAUAAGAGUAGAUACAUCUAAAUCUCACACCAGUAUAAGAGUAGAUACACCUUAAUCUCACACCAGUAUAAGAGUAGAUACAUCUAAAUCUCACACCAGUAUAAGAGUAGAUACAUCUAAAUCUCACACCAGUAAAAGAUUGGAUACAUCUAAAUCUCACACCAGUAUCAGAUUAGAUACAUCUAAAUCUCACACCAGUAUAAGAUUAGAUACAUCUAAGUCUCGCACCAGUUUUAGAGUAGAUACACCUUAAUCUCACACAAGUAAAAGAGUAGAUACAUCUAAAUUUUAAACCAGUAAAAUAUUGGAUACAUCUAAAUCUCAUACUAGUGAAAUAUUGAAUACACCCCAAUCUCACACCAGUAAAAGAUUGAAUACAUCUAAAUCUCACACCAGUAUCAGAGUAGAUACAUCUAAAUCUCACCAGUAUUAGAGUAGAUACAUCUAAAUCUCACAACCCAUGAAAGAUUGAAUACACCUCAAUCUUACACCAGUAUAAGAGUAGAUACAUCUAAAUCUCACACCAGUAUUAGAGUAGAUACAUCUAAAGCUCACUCCAGUGAAAGAUUGAAUACAUCUAAAUCUCACACCGGUAUAAGAGUAGAUACAUCCAAAUCUCACACCGGUAUAAGAGUAGAUACAUCUAAAUCUCACACCAGUAUAAGAGUAGAUACAUCUAAAUCUCACACCAGUAUAAGAUUAGAUACAUCUAAGUCUCACACCAGUAUUACAGUAGAUACACCUUAAUCUCACACUAGUAAAAGAGUAGAUACAUCUAAAUUUUAAACCGAGUUCAUGUAGUAGAGCCAAUGCCGUGUGUUCUCGUGGGGUGGUUAGUAGUAGAGCCCGGGAGGGUGAAACCGGUAGACGGUAUAAUAAAUCCUAGUAACUACCACUCCGCAGACUGUUGUGAUUGAUUCUUAUAGUCUAAAUUUUAAACCAGUAAAAUAUUGGAUACAUCUAAAUCUCAUACUAGUGAAAGAUUGAAUACAACCCAAUCUCACACCAAUAUAAGAGUAAAUACAUCUAAAUCUCACACCAGUAAAAGAUUGAAUACAUCUAAAUCUCACACCAGUAUAAGAGUAGAUACAUCUAAAUCUCACACCAGUAUAAGAGUAGAUACAUCUAAAUCUCACACCAGUAAAAGAUUGAAUACAUCCAAAUCUCACACCUGUAUAAGAGUAGAUACAUCUUAAUCUCACACCAGUAAAAGAUUGGAUACACCUUAAUCUCACACCAGUAAAAGAUUGGAUACACCUUAAUCUCACACCGGUAUAAGAGUAGAUACAUCUAAAUCUCACACCAGUAUAAGAGUAGAUUCAUCUAAAUCUCACACCAGUAAAAGAUUGGAUACAUCUAAAUCUCACACCAGUAUAAGAGUAGAUACGUCUUAAUCUCACAACAGUAAAAGAUUGGAUACACCUUAAUCUCACACCAGUAAAAGAGUAGAUACAUCUAAAUUUUAAACCAAUAAAGUAUUGGAUACAUCUAAAUCUCACACAAGUGAAACAUUGAAUACACCUAAAUCUUACAAAAUUCAUAAAAAAUAAAUUCCCCACAAAAAUUAAUGAAUUUUCACUAUCAUCAUGCAAUAUUUCUGUUAUAUUCCAACUUAGGUCAUCAUGUUAUUUACAUAAGUGUUUAUUCAUAUUGAUUAAAGGGAAAACUGCAUUCAGCUUUUUUUUUAUAUAUGUUUAAAAUUUAUUAUGUUUAUGAACUUUUUCAAUCAGUUAUUGAUUUCACUGUUAUGUAUCAAAUGGUUUCUUGGAAACCUGGAUCUUAAUCUAAGGUUGACUAAAGCUACAAAUGUAGCACAGGGGUAUGUGGCAUUAAAUUUCAAAGUUCAAAACUAAUUCAUGUAAAAAGCUAACUUGUUUAUUUACUUCUGAACUUCAAAAAUUAUCAUUACAUGCUUCUGUGCAUAUAGUUGUACAAACAUGUUCAUUAACAAAAAAAUAUUUCCAGCUUGUUCUUUACAAUGAAAACAUUAGGAUUUUUACCCAAAGUUUUCAUUAAAACCAAGUAUAUUUUAUCAAAUGUUAUCGAGAAUAUUAAGAUUUUUACCCAAAUUGUUCAUGAAAACAAAGUAUAUUCUAUCAAAUGUUAUUGAGAAUAUUGGGAUUUUUCCCCAAAUUGUUCAUUAAAACAAAGUAUUUUUUAUCAAAUGUUAUUGAGAAUAUAAGGAUUUUUUCACAAAUUUUUCAUUAAAACAUUUAUCAAAUGUUCAGUAUAAGAGGUAAGGUAUAAAGUUUUGUUUAAAAGUAAAGAGG